UCUCUCUUAUCUAGGCGGCCAUGCUUUCAAAUUUCCAUUCUCUCGUUCCCUGCAGUUCUCAUCAUCUUUAAAAUUAGGGUUAGGGUUUCUAUUGCUUCUCAGCAGCACUGUCUCCCUUUCGUAUUGCGAUUCGCCUUUUGAAUUGGGGUUUGGGCUUAUCAUCCUCUUGCUUCCUGCUUGUUGUUCUCGGGAGCCAUUGAAGAUUAGGUUGUGGCUUGGCUCUGGUGUUGUGUUUCCUGUCUCUUCUGCUGCUUGAGGUUUAUGUGGUUCGUUUACGGGCGGUUUUAGGGUUAGGCUCGGGGUUUCUUCUUCUCUCGUUCAUUGCAUGUACUUGCAGGCCAUUGAAGAGUGGAAGUGAAGGUUGGAUUUGGUGUUUCAUUCUUUUAUUUUAAAAAAAAAACUUAUUCUGCAGUUUUCACCUUCAUGUACAAGUGGUUCUAGGGUUAGGGUUAAUUUUUGGGGGUUUUUGUUCUUGAUGGGCAAGGUCUUUGUGGAAUGGGAAGAGCGCCUUGUGUCGAAUGACAAGGGGAGGCGUGUUGUCCAUUAUUAUCUAAAGGACAGAAAUGGAGUUCCAGAUCUAGCAGUUAUUGGAGAAGAGAAGAGCUUAAGGCAUAUGUUUUAUAGGGUGCCUGAUCAGUUCCUGAGACAUGUGCAGUUUUCUGAGUUUAUGGAUUCUACAUCUCUGAGAUGGAGGUCAAGAAGAGAGGUUGUGGAUUGGUUAUCUUCUUUCCUUGCGGUGUCUUCGGAUGGAGGCCAAGAGACCAAAGCAGGACAAGAGAUCAAAGAUUCUGUUUCUUUUCAAUCUUCUCCAAUGCAUUCUAGAUUUGUUGAUGAUGAGGAUGGCUCCCCUGAUAGAAUUCCAUCAACAAAGGGUAUAUCUUCGAGGAAACUGAGACACAAUUCUCAAGAUUUUGCGUGGUUAGGUACUCCUUGGACUUGCAGGAAGCGUCUCCGGCAUUAUGUUUCGUUUUCCAGGAAUGGAGUUACCAUUUCUGUGAAUGAGUUUGUAUAUGUUAUGGUGGAAGAUAAUGAGAGACACGUCGCAUAUGUUGAAGACAUGUAUGAUGAUUCCAGAGGGAGAAAGAAGGUUUUAGUUCGUUGGUUUAACAAGAUUAAUGAGGUUGGUAAUGUCUUGCCUUCCAAUUUUAAUGACAGAGAGAUUUUCUGCACUCCCUGUCUUCAAGUUCUGAGUGUUGAAUGCGUAGAUGGUUUGGCAACUGUCCUCAGUCCCCUACACUUUGACAAGUACGUGAAAGAGGCAAGAAGCACACGUUGGCAACCGUACUUGUGUCAUAGAGAGAUUGACAAUGAUGACAUCAAGCCAUAUAACAUAACCCAACUCCAGGGUUAUUGGAACCAGAAAAUACUUAGUUACAUGUACACUUCCACCCAAAAUGACUACUCAAACCAUUUACCCAGUCCUAGCUUGAGUAAUGAUGAGGCAGAUCUAUUGGAUGGCCAUCAUAAUAAGAUACAGAAAAACCACAUUGAAUCCCUGAGGUUUAAUUAUGGGGAUGUCCAUUUACGCGUUGAUGGAAAUGCUAAAGGUACAUCAAUGGAGAUCCAUAAUUUUGGUGGCUCUAAUCCUUUUGCUUAUACUCAAUCAGCUGUGUCUUUGCCAAAAUUUGAGGAAGAAAGACAACAACAGCUCUCUGCCAAUUGUCCCAUUGAAGUGCUAUCACAGGAUAGUGGGAUAAGGGGGUGUUGGUUUAGAGGUGUAGUUUUAAAGAAGCGCAAGGAUAAAAUGAAGAUUCGAUACCUAGACCUUCAAAAUGCAGAGGAAACUGGUAGUUUAGAGGAAUGGGUUCUUGCUUCGAGGGUGGCAUCUCCCGACAGAUUGGGUCUUCGCCUAUGUGGGAGGCAUAUGGUUAGACCCUCUCCUGCACCGAACAAUAGAUGCACAGACAUUGAUAUAGGCUCUUUUGUGGAUGCAUGGUGGCAUGAUGGCUGGUGGGAAGGGCUUGUUAUUCACAUGGAAUCUCAGGAUCUUAUCCAUGUAUAUUUCCCAGGUGAACAAAAGACCUCAGUAUUUGGUUCCGACAAAUUGCGAUCCUCUCAGGAAUGGGUCAAUAAUAAAUGGAUUGCCAUAAAGAACAGGCGUGAUCUUGCAGUGACUCUUUUUUCAAGGCUUGAUGGUCAAAAUAUAGGAAUAACUUUCAAGAGCUCCCAAGUGUUGGAUUUUGAGAGAUUGCACGAAUCCACAUGCCCGGAUGGCUUUAAUCCAUCUAUGGCCUCAGUGGAAGAGAAGGCCUCAAAUAAAAGCCCAAAUCUUAGAGAGGGGUUGUCUUCUUUGGGGGCAUUGAGCAAACCAUUGGCUGAUGGCAAGAGUGAGAAAGUAGCUGGGGUAGUGAACCUCGCUCGAGACAAUUCGCUUGCUUCUCUCCGAUGGAACAGGUCAAGGAAGAGAAGCCGGCUUAGAGAGAGUAUUGUUUCUCUUUCUAAUAAAAGGCAUUCUAGUGGUAGUAGUAGUAGAAGCAGCAGCAGUGAAGAGGAAGAUUUGGGUAGUUUCGAACAUGGUUUCUUGAUCCCAAAAGUGAUGAAACGAGACAGAGAGAAUUGCAAGUCGGGCUUUGGUGCUACAUUGCCUCACCUUCCAAAUUUGGUUAUGUCAAGCUAACCACUGCUUUUGUUUUUGCGCUCAUCCUCUUCAUCAUGCAUGGAUGCUUGUAUUAUACCAAGGUAACUUCUGGGUUAGUGCGAUUGAAGGUGACCUUCCUCAUACCUUUCUGUGAAUAUUUGGGUUUGGUAGGUUUCCUAGGUUCGCCUGCUUCAUGGCUUGUGAUGAAGCAAAAUGAUCAAAGCCAUUUCUUGGGGCUACUGCCAAUUAGGAGAUUCCCUGUAAUUUGUUUUUCGCUUUUGUGUUUCUUUCUCGCCAUGUUUCUUAAUGUAAGAAGAAAUUUUGAGUAAUGUGAUGGGAGACUGUUCAGUCUCACCUUUGAUUCU